AUGUCAUCCAUUCCUCGAAGAUCCCGUCUCGACGAGGACACUUGGAUCACUGAAUUCAAUGAGUGGGCUCAGCACAGCGAAAACCUUGUCGACACUUUAAAUCCCGACUAUUUCAAGCCCAUCAUCGAAGCAGCUAGUUUUGUCAACGUCGAGUACAAGCUUAUGACACUUGCCAGUAUGUCCAAGUACAUUGACUCCGACGAUGCCGCUAUCGCAGGGCUGACCGACGAGAUCGAGCUCCUGGAGCUCGAGAACAAAUAUCUUGAUGACACUAUCGGUAAGAUGAUCGCCGAGUUUCCCUUCAUAUCUACCAAGCUUCUUGACGAGUAUGUGCUGCUCCAGGAACAUGGCCGUCAAACUACCAACAGCGAAUCGAAUUUCUGCUCUAUCAUGACCUGGUCGUCUCACUUUCCUCCUGGUUGCCAAUACCUGAUGCGCAUCCGUGCAGUCCACACCCGCAGAAUCGAAAACUUGAGCGCAAAACGCGAUCUUAUCGCCUCUGGCCGUGUUCGUUUCAAUCAGUGGUCAAGCAACAUGUCCCUCAUUCGCUGGGAUGUGGACGAGUGGCAACAUGGCUAUGGCUAUGAGCGUUCGCCAAUGCCAAAUGGUCUCGCUGAUUUUGACCCCCCGUCAUUGACGGAGGACAAUCUCGCAAAGGUUCUCUCGUACAUUCGAUCCUCGGCUUUCAUACGCUGUGAGCGUCGUCGUUCAGCUCUCCUUCGUCUGCAACAGGACAGAGGAGGUCCGAGUGACUUCGUCGCCCCUGGUCUCGUCGACGCCUGGUAUCACCGUUUCUCCAAAUGGCUGACUCAAACUCCUCCAAUCUUGUUCAGCACUAACUCUGCAUAUGCAGCUCAGUACAUUGACCUUGGCGAUGAGCUUAAAGCCAUGCACUGUCGUUGGACCGCUGAAGCUGAAUAUCCGCGCCCUCGCGUCUUGGUCACCAAGAACGCCUGUUUUUCGUUGUCAAGAGACAAAACGAGUGUUCGUCGUGAUGUCGGUCAAUUCUCUCUCCCUGCAAGACACACACCCAUCUGCAUUAAACUUGAUUAG